GUUUCCUCUAUACCGCGCGGUGGUUGCUGGGUAGCAUUUUUCCUCCAUCGUGUGUUGUGUUAGCCGCUUGGUUUUUCAGUUUCCCGGCGACUGUAAGAUGGCAGCGGUAGCAGCCGGAGCGGUGGUUGGUUUAACCAGUGGCUCUAGAAGUAAGCGGCUCAUGCGGGAUGAAGACAUGACCAAAGUAGAGUUCGAAACCAGCGAGGAGGUUGAUGUGACUCCUACUUUCGACACUAUGGGCCUGAGGGAGGAUUUACUAAGAGGCAUCUACGCUUAUGGUUUUGAGAAGCCAUCAGCUAUCCAACAGAGAGCAAUCAAACAGAUUAUUAAAGGAAGAGAUGUGAUAGCACAGUCACAGUCUGGUACAGGAAAAACAGCAACUUUUUGUGUGUCUGUUCUUCAGUGUUUGGACAUGCAGCUUCGUGAAACACAGGCAUUGAUUUUAGCACCAACAAGAGAAUUGGCUGGGCAGAUACAGAAGGUGCUGCUUGCCCUAGGGGACUACAUGAAUGUGCAGUGCCAUGCAUGUAUCGGGGGAACAAAUGUUGGAGAAGAUAUUCGGAAGCUGGAUUACGGACAGCAUGUAGUUGCUGGUACUCCAGGACGUGUUUUUGAUAUGAUUCGCCGUAGAAGUUUAAGAACCAGAGCAAUUAAAAUGCUGGUUUUGGAUGAAGCUGAUGAGAUGCUUAAUAAAGGUUUUAAGGAGCAAAUUUACGAUGUCUACAGAUACCUACCACCUGCUACCCAAGUCUGUCUGAUUAGUGCCACAUUGCCACAUGAAAUCCUGGAAAUGACCAAUAAGUUCAUGACAGAUCCGAUCCGUAUCCUUGUAAAAAGAGAUGAAUUGACAUUGGAAGGUAUCAAACAAUUUUUCGUGGCUGUAGAAAGGGAAGAAUGGAAGUUUGAUACUUUAUGCGAUUUAUAUGACACACUGACAAUUACACAGGCUGUAAUAUUCUGCAACACCAAAAGGAAGGUUGACUGGCUGACAGAAAAAAUGAGAGAAGCCAACUUCACAGUUUCAUCAAUGCAUGGUGAUAUGCCACAGAAGGAGCGAGAAUCCAUCAUGAAAGAGUUCAGAUCAGGAGCCAGCCGAGUACUUAUUUCAACUGAUGUGUGGGCCAGAGGUCUGGAUGUUCCACAAGUAUCUUUGAUCAUUAACUAUGAUCUGCCCAACAACAGAGAAUUGUAUAUUCACAGGAUUGGACGUUCAGGACGUUAUGGAAGAAAAGGUGUUGCUAUCAACUUUGUCAAGAAUGAUGAUAUCCGCAUUCUGCGAGAUAUUGAACAGUACUACUCCACUCAGAUUGAUGAAAUGCCUAUGAAUGUUGCUGAUCUGAUUUAAGAAGAAUUGAUGUGCAGCACAACUAUUGAAAGGAACAUCUGGAUUCAUUUUACUUUUUUUUUUUUUUUUUUUUCCCUAUUCAAAAUUGGUUCCUUUAGCAGGAGGAGACUUUUAUCAUGUGAUCUUUUAUCUGUUUAUUUAACUGUGUCAGGUUUGCAGAUGCAGAAGUUCAACCAUUGUUAUCCUUUGUAAAUACUACGUGGUGUCAUUUUCAUUAAAAAAAAACUAAAUUCC